AUGAACACGAGGGCAGAGCAUGACGUACCCUACAUGACCCAGCUGGCCAAGCAGGCGAGCAUCUCGUGGGGCCACAGUUUCAACAGCCAAGAACAGUUGGACCUGGCUGCGGCCAUUGACCAGCACCGGGCGGAAGAUGGAUGGCUGAUUGUUGUUGCACCGACAGGCAUGGGUAAAACAUUUUGUACCCUGCCCAAGCUGGGCUGUCGCCCGCAUGCUUGUACGGUGCUGUGGAUUGUGCCGUUUGUGGCCGUGGCCAACGAUUUGCUGCGGCGAUUUCAAGGCGCGGGUCACAGUGCCCAGCGAUGGCUUGGUCCCUCUACACAGGUGGCAGAUGGCCUGGACGUGCUCAUUGUUACGACCGACAUGUUUGUCCGCGUGGGAUCUGAGUCCCUACACGGGAAGGUCUGCUUUCAGCGCAUCCGCACCGUGGUGAUGGACGAGGCGCACACACUCAUCUCGGAUGCCAGCUACCGAGAUGUGCUGAACGAAGUCGCAGCCAGUGUGGGUUCUGGCGGAUGGACCAACAUCAAACGCGUGGCGUUGACGGGCACACUUUGCAUCGGGGACCAGGAGCAUCUGUUUCGAAAGCUGGGUCAGCAAGUCGGGGGCAAGGUGUACCGUCUAGAGACGAUGCGUCGCGAUCUGCAGCUGCGUGUGCUUCACGGAAACCAGCUUGAUUUUUUGUCGCAUGUGCAAGCCAUUGUGGACACGCAGCGGAUGAUGCGUCAGGCGAAUGGGGAGCGUGUGCACAUGAUGGUCUUUUGUGACACCGUGAACGAGGUGAAACUGCUGUGCGACCAGCUGCACGCACGCGGCUACAUGGCCUUGCCCUACUACACCGACCUGGAGGAGAAGGUGCAAAAGGACCAUGUGGCACAGUGGCAACGGGGUGAAUGCGACGUCAUUGUGGCCACCAGCUGCCUCAGCACGGGUGUGGAUCUGCUCACCAUUCGCCACGUGCUGUGGUAUGGCAACGGCUACAACGUCUAUACGCUGGCCCAGGCAUUUGGUCGGGCUGGUCGCGAUAAACAGGGUGGAACUGCCGAGCUGUGGCUACCACAUCGCUACCAGCCCUGCUCCCUCAACAUCCAAGCGAACGGCAUCGGAUGUCACGUGCACAGCUGCUGCUUCUUCCACAACGGCUCAGGCAGCGCAGUCGCCUCUUCCCGCAGCAAAACGAGCAGCAUCGAGUGGCACGCGCACCACUACCGUUGCCGCUACUGCUACCACUCGCUCUGA